GUGAAGGGAGGUCUAUUGUUCGGAGUGCUAGCAAAGUUAUAGUCCGUCGUUCUCUCCAAGUAGUUAGCUAGAUAUAUAUCCAGCUUUCCUUCAUUACUCAGAUUGAACAUGUGAUAAUUUAUUUUUAAAAAGUACUGUACAAGAUGGAAGAAUAUGGAUACUUCAGAGACAUACACUGAUUAAUGGUAGUGUCUUCAGAUGGCUACGGUUCGCGCUUGUCAACAUUUUAACAGAGCACACUUCAUGUCGAAGAACAUAUACAAGUGAGAGAAGUGUAGGAACUCAUUGCAUAAUCAAAUGAAUUCGACAGAACAUUGCAGAAUCGCUGUUACAGAAACACCAGAAACCAUGCAGUCACAAGACCAAGCUAUUCCUAUCGACGAUACUCCAUAUAACUGUAAAAAGUGUGGGAAAUCAUUCAGUACGGAAAUUAUCCUCGCUCAACAUGUCGCAAACCACGCAGAUGAAAAACCAUACACUUGUAAAAAGUGUAAGAAAUCCUUCAGUUAUAAGAGCACCCUGGCUGGACAUAGUCGAACCCACACAGGUGAAAGACCAUUCACCUGCAAGAAGUGUGGGAAAUCAUUCAACCAGAAGAGCACGCUACAAAAGCAUUAUGUAGUCCAUACAGGUGAUAAACCUUACACAUGCAAGUGUGGAAAAGAAUUCACUCAAAAAAGUACACUGGUAAAACAUUACAUAAUCCACACAGGCGAAAGACCAUUCAGCUGCAAGGAUUGUGGGAAAUCAUUCCGUCAUAAAAGGAAUCUAACAGAACAUUAUAAAAUUCAUUCGGAUGUAAAACCCUAUAGUUGUGAGGAUUGUGGGUUAUCAUUUCGUCUAAAGGGUCAUUUAAAACGACACUGUUUAACAAUGCAUGGGUUUCAGAAAACAAAAAGUGCCACACAACGUAAGAAAUCACUCAAAUUGGUUAAUAAAUCUCGAAUCAAUUCCGGUAAAAUACCAUACAGUUGCAAGCAGUGUAGGAUGUCUUUUCUAAACCAGCGCUCUCUGACUCAACAUUGUAGAGUUCAUAAAGAAAAAAAAGGCAAAAAAACACCGCCAGGGCUACAAGUUACAACAAAAACAGCGCAGAAAAACAAUAAUUCUAGGUUUAAAAAUAUGAUUGUAUGUAGUUUCUGUCUAUUUAAAUCACGUUCUACUGUAAUAUUAAUGAAGCACUACAAGAAACAUCAUGUGAAUCAUAUAACAAUGUACCGUGGUAUUGCAAAAAAGUACAACUAGUACGAUAUGAGAUUCCAAAUACGCCACCAUAUCCAAACGACACAAGUAUUUAUUUAAUUAAUCUAUUUAAUAUUCACCGCAAUGUUUGGUACAAUACGAAAAUGGAUUUUAUUGUUUUGUGUUUUAAUUAUUAAUCAACACUUCAAACCGCGCAGAGGUCUAUGUUGUACAUGGCAAGAAUAUUGGAUUGUUAUAUAUUCUUUACCCUCACCUACGGCAGUGAAUGAUGGACAAUAUCAUGGCUAUGGGAAAAGAUAUUACCAAUCAGUUGAAAUCUGGGUUUACAAAAGAAUGCUCCGAAUAUCUUGGCUUUAUCACAUGCGAAAUGGAAACUUGUUGGAACGCAGUUCAAAUUUCAAAAUAAAGGGAAAUUAUCAA